CCCAACACGCACUCACUUCUCCUUGUCAAUUACUUAUAUAAGAACACCCCAACAAACACACGCACACGCACACAAUCCCACACACUGUCCCUGAUCUCUCUCACAACACACAAAGAUGAUAAGUGGAGAUGAUUUCUAUAAAGUAAUGUGCGCGAUGGUGCCCCUUUACUUUGCAAUGCUGGUGGCCUACGCGUCUGUGAAAUGGUGGAAGAUCUUUUCGGCGGAGCAAUGCUCCGGCAUCAACCGCUUCGUGGCGAUCUUUGCCGUCCCGGUUCUGUCCUUCCACUUCAUCUCUCAGAACAAUCCGUACCAGAUGGACACUAAGUUCAUAUUGGCCGACACUCUGUCCAAAGCCUUCGUCCUCAGCUUGCUCUCCAUUUGGUGCAUCUACAAAGGGCAGUUGGAUUGGCUCAUCACUCUUUUCUCAAUUUCUACUUUGCCCAACACUCUGGUUAUGGGCAUCCCUUUGCUCAAUGCUAUGUAUGGCGAGUUCACGCAGAGCCUCAUGGUUCAACUAGUUGUCCUCCAAUGCAUUAUCUGGUACACGCUACUACUCUUCCUCUUUGAAUACAGAGCAGCCACCAUUCUGAUCCAAACCCAAUUUCCCGGUCCAACCGCUGCCGCCAUAACCAAAUUCCACAUAGACAAUGAUGUCAUCUCACUCGACGGCCGUGACCCGCUUUGCACCGACUCCGAGAUCGACAACAAUGGCCGCAUCCAUGUCCGCAUCCGACGCUCCACAUCAUCGGCACCUCCGUCGUCCUCCAUGGGGCUCACCCCCAGAGCAUCAAAUCUAUCAAAUGCUGAAAUCUUCUCCAUCAACACGCCCCACGAAUUCGGGUUCGCGCACCAACCUGUUAGUCCCCAGCUCUCGGGCUACGCCUCAUCGGAUGCGUACUCGCUGCAACCUACGCCAAGGGCUUCGAACUUCAACGAAUUGGACUUGACCGCCAUGAGUCCCACAACGGGGAAGGUCUUCCGGCAGCCGUCUCCGGCGGUCAAAAUGGUCUGGGAGUCGCCGGUGGAGGGACAAGGAUUCAGAGAUGAUGUUGGCGAUAAGGAUCUUAGCUUCAGAGACUGCUCAAAGAUUGAAGUGGAAAAGGGAAUUUCAAGAAAUAAUGAAGAACAAGAAAUGCCACAUGCUCUUGUGAUGCUAAGGCUUAUUCUGAUCAUGGUUGGAAGGAAGCUUUCACGUAAUCCAAACACCUAUUCCAGCGUCUUAGGCCUUUUAUGGUCUCUAAUCUCAUUUAAAUGGAAAGUGGGGAUGCCUAGCAUACUCAAAUACUCCAUCACGAUCAUUUCUGAUGCAGGACUUGGAAUGGCCAUGUUUAGCUUGGGACUGUUCAUGGCACUUCAGCCUCGAAUAAUAGUUUGUGGCACAAAAAUGGCGAUGAUAUCUAUGGCCAUUCGAUUCAUCGUUGGCCCCACCGUAAUGUCUACUGCAUCCGUUGCCGUAGGUCUCAGAGGAGCGCACCUCCAUGCAGCCAUAGUUCAGGCAGCUCUUCCCCAAGGGAUUGUUCCGUUUGUAUUUGCAAGAGAAUACGGACUACAUCCCGAUAUAUUGAGCACAGGGGUCAUAUUUGGCAUGUUGGUGUCAUUACCAGUAACACUUCUCUACUACAUAUUGCUGGGCUUAUGAAGGAAGGAAACAAGAAAAGAAAAUCAAAUUCACGAUUUUUAGUUAUGUUAGCUACCGUUAAAUUACUUGCUUUUUUUAAUUAUGUAUUAUCUAACUCUAAUUAUUGCAUAAUUUAGAAAAAUACAACCCAUAUUUAUUCCACGUUUUUAACUAACGCAAUGAAAAAAUA